AGAAGCUAAGAAACUGAGAGAAGAAGAAGAAGAAGAAGAAGAAGUGAUCAUGGCGGCAGAGAAGAUAGAGACUGUAAUCGCAGGGAGUUACUUAGAAAUGGAGAGAGAAGAAGAAAGUAGAAGUAUUAAUAAUAAUGAUUCUUCAGCUAAAACAAAACUCUCUAACUUCUUCUGGCAUGGAGGUUCUGUUUACGAUGCUUGGUUUAGCUGUGCUUCAAAUCAGGUGGCACAAGUACUGUUGACAUUACCAUACUCAUUCUCACAACUUGGGAUGAUGUCGGGAAUAUUGUUUCAACUCUUUUAUGGAUUAAUGGGAAGCUGGACUGCUUACCUCAUUAGUGUUCUCUACGUUGAAUAUCGAACUCGUAAAGAGCGGGAGAAGUUUGAUUUCCGUAACCACGUUAUUCAGUGGUUUGAAGUGUUGGAUGGAUUGCUGGGGAAACAUUGGAGGAACAUUGGAUUGAUCUUUAAUUGCACGUUUCUUCUAUUUGGAUCUGUUAUUCAACUCAUUGCUUGUGCCAGCAAUAUAUAUUAUAUUAAUGAUAAAUUGGAUAAGAGGACAUGGACAUACAUAUUUGGGGCAUGUUGUGCAACAACUGUUUUUAUUCCUUCUUUCCAUAACUAUAGAAUCUGGUCAUUCCUCGGACUCGCUAUGACCACUUACACUUCUUGGUAUCUCACCGUUGCUUCUCUUCUCCACGGCCAGGCUGAGGAUGUGAAACACUCGGGUCCAACAACAAUGGUUCUCUACUUCACCGGAGCGACCAACAUUCUCUACACCUUCGGUGGUCACGCCGUCACCGUGGAGAUAAUGCAUGCUAUGUGGAAACCGCAAAAGUUCAAGGCGAUAUAUCUACUGGCGACUAUAUACGUAUUAACACUGACGCUACCCUCUGCGUCUGCGGUUUAUUGGGCGUUUGGCGAUCAAUUGUUAACUCAUUCCAAUGCUCUCUCUCUUCUCCCUAAGUCCGGGUUUAGAGACACUGCGGUGAUACUCAUGCUUAUCCAUCAGUUUAUAACGUUUGGAUUUGCGUCCACACCGUUAUAUUUUGUGUGGGAGAAACUGAUAGGUGUGCAUGAGACGAAGAGCAUGUUCAAAAGAGCCAUGGCUAGGUUACCAGUGGUUGUACCGAUAUGGUUCUUAGCAAUUAUCUUUCCUUUUUUCGGACCAAUCAAUUCAGCUGUCGGAUCUCUCCUAGUCAGCUUCACUGUCUACAUCAUCCCUGCUUUGGCUCAUAUGCUUACUUUUGCUCCUGCCCCUUCCAGAGAGAACGCGGUGGAGAGACCUCCACGAGUGGUGGGAGGAUGGAUGGGGACUUAUUGCAUAAACAUAUUCGUGGUGGUUUGGGUGUUCGUAGUUGGAUUCGGGUUCGGGGGAUGGGCAAGUAUGGUCAAUUUUGUUCGCCAAAUCAACACUUUUGGUCUAUUCACCAAAUGCUACCAGUGCCCACCUCACAAGCCUUGAUAUUUACAUAUUGGACAUUCAAGACCUUCUAGAAAGAGGGUUUCAUCUGAAGGUUUUUUGUUUGAAGAUCGACUAUAUUAUUAUAUCUAUGCUUUUACAAUUUACUGAAAAUCACAUCCAUUGUAAUUGUUUGACGACAAUAAUCUUUUACUUUGGGUUUGUUUAUUUGUUAUGUUGAGUUGCAUUUGGUAAUUGUUUUUUUUUUAACUUCCUUAGUUAAGGUGUGAUGGCUAUCUUAGGCCAACCCAAUUUUUAAUUAGUGUUCUUUCAUAGAUUGUGUAUUUUUCCGUGUGUUUGUGUGAUCUCUUUAUUUUUGUACUAUUAAAAAGAAAAAUUCCAUAACGUAUUCUCUAACAACCU